AGAUCAAAAACUUGUUACAAAUUUUAUUUUAUUAUUUAUUAUUUCAAGUGAGAAAAUAAUUUAUAAUGUUUUAAAAUAAUAAAGGAAGUGAGAAAAUAUAACUUGAUAUUGAAAAAACGUCGUAAACUCUAGCUAUUGAAUAUUUCUGACACAGAAAAUAAAUGAGAUUAGCAAAUAUUCCAAAUGAUGUACAUAGUUUUGUCUAAAAUAAUGAACCUUUAUAACUUGUGAAGCCUUGACGUUAUCCUGUUUAUUAUUCAUACAAAACUGCAAUAAAGCGCUUUAAAUGUUAACUUUAUGUCACAACUAUUAUCAAGUAUCUCCUAAUACAAAGAACAAUAAAGAUGUUGUUCAACAUUAUAGUAAGAAGAAAUUUGUAUUUGGCCUUUUUAUUUUAUUGUUGGUAGCUGUUUUGUGGGUUGUGUCAUCAGAACUGACAAAGUAUCUGUACAAUGAAAAAAAACUAGAAAGACCCUUUCUUAUAACUUAUGUCCGCAGUUCAUUAUUAUUAGUUUAUUUAAUAGUUUUGUGUUUCUCACCACCUACAAGGGAUCCUUGUCGACCUGCAGAUUAUACGCAAUUAUUAGAACCUACAGCUGAAACAGAUGAUGAAAAUUAUUAUCAUGAAUCUACAAGCAGUUUGGUGAGUUAUCAUAAUUAUUUAAGUUAUUGACUAAUCAUAAAUAGUUCAUAACAGAAAUAAUAAAAUAAAAUCAGUUUCAGUACUGUGAAUUUUUCUUUGAAAGUGAAGGUUUCUUGCUAAGAAUUUCAACUUGUUUUCUUCUUUAAAAUAAUUUGAUUUACAUGGUAUUGUAACAGUGAAAAAAUCUCAGAUAUAAAGCACAAUACUCAACCAAUUGAUGUGAUCUAUGUAAGUAGAUUUUUUUGCAACUAGCAUAAUAUAAUAAUAUUAAUAUAUAAUAUUUAUUAUGAAUACUUAUGCAUUUGAUAUAUUAAUUUUAGUAAUGAGUAAUAACAAAUGACAUGAGCAAUGACAAAACUAGGCACAAGAGAGAACGGUGAGCUGAAAGUAGGGAAAUUUGGAAUAGAGCAACGGAACCCAAGGGGCCAGCAGUUGGCUGACUUCAUGGAGAAAGAGGGACUCUUUAUGAUGAACUCUUUCUUCCAGAAGCGGCCCCACAGGAAGUGGACCUGGUCGAGCCCCGACGGUUCGACAAAAAAUGAGAUUGACUUCAUUAUGACGACCAGACGACAACUGUUCAGUGAUGUCUCAGUGAUCGCGAGGGUGAAAACCGGCAGCGAUCACCGAAUGGUUAGAGGCACACUGAACCUAAACGUUAAGUUGGAGAGGUCUCGUCUAAUGAAGUCAACGCUCCGUCCCCCUCGUGCUCUAAUCCAAAGUCCCGAAACCUUUCAGCUCGAGUUACAAAACCGUUUUCAGUGCCUAGAAGACUGCAAUGAAGUGGACGAUUUGAAUGACAAGCUCGUGGAAACUGUCCAUUCGGUCGGAGCUAAGUUCUGCAAGACCCGCCGCAGAAGAACACAAAAACUCUCCGAUCACACUCUAAAUCUCAUGGCUGUUAGACGGGAGAUGAAGCUACAUUCUUCAACAGACUUGACAGCAUACAGGCAACUGAACAGACAGAUCUCCAAAUGCAUGCGGCGGGACUUACGCAACUUCAAUACAGCUCGUAUUGAAGAAGCGAUCGAGCGAAACCAAGGCUCCAAAGUCUUUGCCAGAGAUCUGUCUGCCAGAAAGCGCCAACUGUCAAAGUUGAAGACAGAAUGUGGCAGCAUCGUUUCCGGGGCACCUGAGAUUUUGAGUGAGAUUGAGAGGUUCUAUGGGCAGCUGUACACAUCAUCGUUGGAGCCGCACGCAAGUGUGAGUAACGAUCCAAGAGCGAGUCUUAUCCGACAUUAUUCCGAUGAUAUCCCGGACGUCAGUCUGAGCGAGAUUAGAAUGGCUCUCCAGCACCUUAAAAACGGCAAGGCCCCAGGCGAGGAUGGAAUUACAGCGGAGCUUCUGAAAGCGGGUGGAAAACCGGUACUUGAAGUCCUUCAGAAGCUCUUUAAUUCCGUCCUCCAUGGUGGCAUUACACCGGAGGCGUGGAGCAGAAGUGCGGUGGUCUUGUUCUUCAAGAAAGGCGACAACGCUUUCUUGAAGAACUACAGACCGAUUUCCCUUCUGAGCCGCGUCUACGUGCUGUUUUCGAGAGUCAUUACGAAUCGUCUCGCGCGCAGACUUGACGACUUCCAGCCUCCCGAACAAGCCGGUUUCCGAAAAGGCUUUAGCACCAUAGACCACAUACAUACCCUUCGGCAAAUUGUACAGAAGUCCGAGGAGUACAAUUUGCCACUAUGUCUGGCGUAUGUGGACUAUGAGAAAGCCUUUGAUUCCGUCGAAAUUUGGGCGGUGCUGCAGUCCCUUCAGCGAUGCCAAGUUGACUGUCGGUAUAUCGAAGUGUUGAAGUGCUUGUACAGUAGGGCUACGAUGGCUAUCCGAGUACAGAACCAGAGUACGAAACCUAUCCAAUUGCAGAGAGGUGUAAGACAGGGUGACGUCAUAUCCCCGAAACUCUUUACCGCUGCAUUGGAAGAUGUUUUCAAGCUUCUGGACUGGAAAGGAUACGGUAUCAACAUCAAUGGCGAGUACAUCACUCACCUUCGAUUUGCCGACGAUAUAGUCCUUAUGGCAGAAUCGCUGGAGGACCUAAGCACUAUGCUCAAUGACCUCAAUAGUGUUUCCCAACGGAUAGGUCUUAAGAUGAACAUGGACAAAACAAAGAUCAUGUUUAAUGUCCAUGUCACACCUAUGCCGGUAGUUGUUGGGAACACUAAGCUCGAAGUUGUUGGGAACACUAAGCUCGAAGUUGUUGACGAGUAUGUUUACCUGGGACAAAUAGUCCGACUAGGUAAGUCCAACUUCGACCGAGAGGUCAAUCGACGGAUUCAACUCGGUUGGGCAGCGUUCGGGAAAUUACGGCACAUCUUCUCGUCAGGUAUACCUCAAAACUUGAAAACGAGACUGUACACCCAGUGCGUGUUGCCAGUGAUGACAUACGGAACUGAGACGUGGUCCUUCACUGCUGGCCGGAUGAGGAAGCUCAAGGUCGCUCAGCGAGCUAUGGAGAGGGCUAUGCUUGGAGUUUCUUAGGAAUGAGGAUAUCCGCAGUAGAACCAGAAUAACCGACAUAGCCCAACGGAUUAGUAAGCUGAAGUGGCAGUGGGCCGGCCAUAUAGCUCGAAGAACCGACAACCGAUGGGGAAGAAAGGUUCUCGAGUGGCAGCCUCGUACCGGCAGGCGAAGUGUAGGGCGUCCCCCCACUAGAUGGAGUGACGACCUGGUAAGAUAUGCAGGAAGUCGAUGGAUGCAGGUGGCUCAGGACCGUGCUUUGUGGCAUUCUUUGGGGGAGGCCUAUGUUCAGCAGUGGACUUGUGAAGGGCUGUAAUGAUGAUGAUGAAUGAGUAAUAAUUUUAGUAUUAGAAUUAACUUGAAUGAAUGUAAUAUUACCCUAUGAUCCUUGCUGGUGGAAAUAAAUAAAUAAUAUUGACCCAAUUCAUGAUAUUUUACACUAGUCAGUAUAACACAUUAUAAUAUUACAGUUGGGUUAUAUGACUGUACAGUCUAAAAUUGUGCUUUUAAUGAAUUCUGUAUAACAUUGAUAAUAUUUCUUAAUAUAUAUUAUGCUAAACCUGUCCUUGUCUAUUCUGUACUACAAUUUUUGAUAUAAUGCUUUCUUUUUAUGUAAUGCAAAUAACUUUUAAAAAGAAAGGAGACAAAGAGAGCCACACAUUUAUUCACUAGUACUAUACAUGAAUACAAAAGACAGUUAAACAUAGGGUGGUUUAACCUUAUAAGGCCCAAAAAAAUAGGAUGCAACCAAAUACCGCCCAAUGUUCUCGGUGGAGAACUUAAUAAACAUAAUGCUUCCCGCCCAGAUCGAAACGAGUUCAUUAGAUAGAUUUCCAGGAAAGAUAGAACAAAACACUUUAUGUGCCUCAUAUAUAACACCCCUUUGAGCAUAUUUUUAGAACUUUAGACACGAUUAUUUUUGUUCUCAUCGUCAAUUCGUUGUUGCUUUUUACCUAAAGAUAUAUUUGUGAUAAGAUGAUGAUAUUGGUUUUAAGUGUAAUAAAUC